GCUGGGGGGCCGCCUCGGAGCAGAGGUACCCAAAGCUUGAGGUGGUUCACCGCCCCGAGGCUGGCCCAGCAGCCGCUGGGCCUUGGCCCAGGAGGGAAGUCAUGUGGAGCCCAGAAUAGCUCCUGGGGGCCGAGUGUCCAGGUCAGGCAGCGCGCAGGACACAGACCAGCUCCCUCCUCCCUCCGCCUGCCCCCUUCUCUCCCCUUCCUUUCCUCCCCCCAUGCUCGCACUCUGUCCUCAUGAGCUGGUCCCCCGAAGGGUGCAGGGGCCAGGAAGGGCCUCCCGGCGACGGGCACUCCCUCUGUGCCAGGCUGGUGGAGAGGCCCGGCGCAGGGCACGCAGAGGGUCGGAAGGGCGGCCCGGGCCCCAUCGUCACCCGCACAGCCUCGGGGCCUGCCCUUGCCUUUUGGGAGGCAGUGCUGGCGGGGGACGUGGGCUCGGUCGCCCGCAUCCUGGCGGACGACAGCGCGGCCUUGGCCCCUGACUCCGUCUUUGAUACCAGCGACCCAGAACGAUGGAGGGAUUUCCGCUACAACAUCCGCGCUCUGAGACUCUGGUCACUGACCUACCAGGAGGAGCUGACCACCCCGCUGCACGUGGCGGCCGCCCGGGGCCACGUAGACGUGCUGCGCCUGCUGCUGCGGCGGCGGGCCCGGCCCGACAGCGCCCCCGGCGGCCGCACUGCGCUGCACGAGGCCUGCGCCGCCGGCCGCGCGCCCUGCGCCAAAGUGCUGCUGGUGGCGGGAGCCGACCCCGACCUCCCCGACCAGGAUGGAAAACGGCCCUUGCACCUCUGCGGGGCCUCCGGCGCCCUCGAGUGUGCAGAGCUGCUCCUGAGGUUUGGGGCAAAAGUGGAUGGCCGGUCGGAGGAAGAAGAGGAGACCCCUUUGCAUGUGGCUGCCCGACUUGGUCAUGUGGCUCUGGUGGAGCUACUUCUAAGGCGGGGAGCGUGCCCCAAUGCCCAGGAUGCUGAGGGCCGCACGCCUCUGCUGGCCGCCUGUGAGGCCAGCUGCCUAGACCCAGACACCGCUGGGGACACCGCUGCCCGCUGCCUGCAGCUAUGCCAUCUGCUGCUCUCGGCUGGUGCCGACGCCGAUGCUGCCGACCAGGACAAGCGGCGGCCCCUGCACCUGGCCUGUCGCCACGGCCACACUGCCGUCGUAGAGCUGCUCCUGUCCUGUGGCGUCAGUGCCAACACCAUGGACUAUGGGGGACACACAGCCCUGCAUUAUGCCCUGCAGGGCCCAGCCAUGGCCCUGGCCCAGAGCCCAGAGUGCGUGGUACGGGCCCUGCUCAACCAUGGGGCUGUUCGUGUCUGGCCCGGGGCUCUCCCCAAGGUGCUGGAGCGCUGGUGCACGUCCCCGAGGACCAUUGAGGUGCUGAUGAACACCUACUGUGUUGUGCAACUUCCUGAGGAGGCCGUGGGCCUGGUCCCACCGGAAACACUGCAGGAACACUGCCGUUUCUACUCGUCGCUCUUUGCCCUGGCCAGGCAGCCGAGAUCGCUGCAGCACCUGAGCCGCUGUGCACUGCGCACCCACCUGGCUGCCCGCCUGCCCCACGCCCUGCCCCACCUGCCCCUGCCGCCCCGCCUCCUCCGCUACUUGCAACUCGAGUUUGAGGACGUGCUCUACUAGUCAGUCCUGGCUCGGGGGCCAGUCACCGUGCCUGGGGGAGAGCUGGGGGGAGCAGACCAGUCACCGUGC